AUGUUUAGAGAAGACCAAGAGAAUAGACCUGUUUCAGGAUUCACUCCAAAAAGUCUCAAUACAAGAAGCUCUUAUACUAAAGGUGAAGCAUCUGAGCUAGAUAAUGAUCCUAAUUCAGUGUCGAUCAUUAGAGAAUUACUCAACUCAGAUGGGGAAUGGGCAACAGUUCCAGAAAUUUUGAAGCUGACAAUGACCGCUUUUUAUAAGGUAUUGAGCUCCCAUUCAAGUACAUUUCAAGAAAUGGGGAAUGCCUUGGUGAUGAAGGCUAAUAAAGUAGAUGUGCAAAGUCUCCUAAGCUCAAAGCUCAACAUAAAGGAUUUUAAGCAAACAGUCGCUGAAGUGAGCGAGGAUAUUGAAUCGAAGGCAAGCCUUAGCCAAGUACAUAAAAUUAUUGAAUCUCAGCUCAACUCAGGUCUAAGUUCAAGAGGAUCAAAACAACCUGAGUUCUCUCAACAGCUAGAAGAUCUACAAGUUAAAGUUAGAGACAUAUUCAAAGAAAUCAAUCUAAAAUUGGCGGAUUAUGAUCAAAUUUUGAAUGAUCACAAAUCAGAACUAGACAAUAAGGCUAAUAUUGAUAAUAUCAAUGAACUCUUGAACAAUAAGGCUAACAAGAGAACUGUAGCUGAAGCUCUCCAUAGGAAAGCUAACAAAGAAGAAGUUGAGAAGAUCAUGGCUAAUAAGAUAACUGCUGAAGACAUUGAUAGAAUUAUUGGACAACUCAAUGAGAAAGCUAAUAUUUCAGAUAUACAUCACUUAGAGAACCUAAUUGAAUCUAAGACUGAUAGAAAUGAGCUCAGAGAGAUGAUACAGACAAGAAGUUCUCCUGAUAAAGAAAGUGUAGAUAGAUCUUUCCUGAAUACUCUUCAGAGGGAAAAAGACCUGAACUCAAGCAAGAUUGAGAACCUCGAGUUAACUAUUAAGUCCCACAUAAAGAAGAUUGAUAGCGAGUUAAAGACAAUCAUUGACAACUUCAACUCUGGUCUUGCCAAAAAGGCUGAUUUCAGAGAUAUAGAAGGGAUCGGUGCCAACAUCUACAACAAAGCUGAUAUUGGGUCUGUUACAGAGAUGAUUAGCGAAGCUAAAGACUCCAUCCUUGAGAAAUUUAGGAAAAUUAAGGAUGAUUUCAACAACCAGAGGAAGGACAUUUAUGAAGAAAUGUAUGAUAGGUACAAUAAGCAGAGCACUAAGAUCGAGAAAUGUAUUAAAGAUGUAAAGUCUAUCAAAGAUACAAGUAAGGACAUUAACAAAGAAAAUAAGACCAUCCGCUCUGAUGUAAAAGGAAUUAUAUUCAAAGAAGCUGAGCUCAUAUCUUCCCAAGUGAGAGAAGAAAUCAACAAAGCCGUUGAUGAACUUCAUACAGCUAGAAUUAAGAUUGAUCACGAGCUUUCUCAGAAGGUGAGGAAAGGAGACUUGGUUGAGCUCAAAAAUGAUGUGGCUCAAAUGAUAGAUUCCAAGGUUGGAGAGUCAGAAGUCCAGACAGCUCUGAAUAACUUACAAUCGGACCUUGCUAAUAGACUUGUAAAUACUAAACUAGAGGUCCAGAAUAACCUUUCAAGUGUUAAAGAUAAUAUAAAUCAUCAGCUUUCUAAGAAAUGCAAUGUAGAUGAGGUAAAUGAAAUGCUGAGUUGUAAAAUGGACACUCACCAUUGUCAGCAAUUGCUAGAGAAGAAAGCCAAUAAGGUCGACAUUGACUCAAUAAAAGGUGUCAUUGACAGAAUCAUUAGAGAAGUAGAUUUAAAAAUUAGCGGGAAAGACCUUCAACAUCAUAUUGAUUUUACUCGUUCAUCAAUCGAAGAUAUGACAAAGGAGAUCCUCCAAAAGGCUCAAGCAAAGGACUUGGUAAAGCUUGAUGAUGAGAAAGUAGGUAGAGAUGAGAUGGAAAGAAUUUUUCAAAAUAUGACUAAAGAAUUACAAGACAAAGUAUCUUCUCAAGAAGUUAAAGCAUCUCUUGAUGAACAAGCUCUGAUCAAUGAAGCUCUUUGUUCUGAAAAUUGAUUAGGAAGAUGGGUCUGGAAGUCAGGAGAACUGAAAGCAUCUUGUUUAGUCCCAUGGGAAAUCCAAUGAGUCAACACUUGCCCUGAUAAUUUUAUAUGGGAAAAGAAUAAAACGAGCAUUAUCUGUAUCUCUCCAGGCCUGUAUGAGUUAAGUAUGGGAAUAUUUUCGAAAAAGAACCCUAAUGUUCAAAUACAAGUAAAUGGAGAAGGAAUUUUGACACUGUUUAAAGAUGCUGACACUAUUGAGAGACACAAUUCCACAAAAAUAAAAGACUUAGGAAGCCAUUCAGCAGGGAAUAUCACAGGAUUGACACAUCAAGAUUACAUCUCACUCCCAGCAAGAGCAAGGGUCUCAUUUAUAUUCGAUGGAAUGAGCAAGGCAGAAGGUUUCUUGAGCCUCAAGAAGUUAUAAUCUCCCAUAUUCCACAAUGUUGUUUUCUACAGUUUCUCU